GCGGGAGGGCCCCCACGUUCCGGCGAGACGCGGCGGCCGCCGAGAGGAGGAUGGGGGCGAACCAGCUGGUGGUCCUCAACGUGUACGACAUGUACUGGAUGAAUGAAUACACCUCAUCCAUUGGAAUUGGAGUUUUCCAUUCAGGAAUAGAAGUGUAUGGUAGAGAAUUUGCUUAUGGUGGUCAUCCUUACCCCUUUUCUGGAAUAUUUGAAAUUUCCCCAGGAAAUGCUUCUGAACUAGGAGAAACAUUUAAAUUUAAAGAAGCUGUUGUUUUGGGAAGCACUGACUUCCUAGAAAAUGAUUUAGAAAAGAUUGUAGAAGAAUUGGGGAAAGAGUACAGAGGCAAUGCUUAUCAUUUGAUGCAUAAAAACUGCAAUCACUUUUCUUCAGCUUUAUCAGAGAUUCUUUGUGGGAAAGAGAUUCCUCGUUGGGUUAAUCGACUCGCCUACUUCAGCUCCUGUAUACCAUUCCUCCAAAGCUGCCUUCCCAAGGAGUGGCUCACUCCUGCAGCCCUUCAGUCUAGUGUCAGCCAGGAGCUUCAAGAUGAGCUGGAGGAAGCAGAGGAUGCAGCCGCAGCAGCCGUCAUGUCAAGUGCUUCAGCCAUGUCCAGACCUGGGCGCCACACUAAACUAUAAAUUUCUCCAAAGUAACACAUUCAGAACUUUGUCUGGCAGUUGAAUUUCACUAGAGAGCAGCAAGAAGAGAGCAAACUUCUUUUUGGACAUUCCUUUUGUAUGCAACAAUAGCUCUUCCCCAAAUCCCAAGUUUUUUCAGCUCAGGAUUAUAUUUGUAAUUUUAAAAGAAUCACCUGACAAAAGAGGGAGGACUUUUAUGUGAAGCUACCCUCUGUUUUUUUUACCCACUUGUAAAUUUGGAUUUACUUCUGUUUUAUACAAGAUCUGUUGAGUUAUGUUUACAGUAUUUUAUAUUGCUGUUUACAAAUCUUGCAUGGACUCCUGCCACCAUGAAAGAAGAAAACCUUAAUGUCUUCGUAAAUUAGGCAGGUAAACUUUCUACAUUUCCAACUGCUGCCAGAGCUGUGGCAUAAACAUCAGAGUACCAAGUGUGUGAACAGGUAUUUACUUAUGGUCACCAUCACCUACUUAAGAAUUGUGGUUUUUAAGAAAUGGCACCAGAAUAAAAGGAACCCAAGUAAGCAGGACUUGAGAGCAGACUCUGUCAGAGGUCCUGCCUGGUAUUGGGGGGUGGAGGUUAGAGUGGGAAGAACAGUUCCUGAGGAGCAGGAUCCAAGAGGAGCUGGCUUCUACUGCCCUUAUGGUCUAUCUGGUCACCCCUGGCAGCAGGGAAUUCCUCUACAUGCUUGGGAUCUUGUCCAGCAUUCAUGGUUCCAAGAAUUUUCUAAAAGAUUGAUUACUAUCUUGCUAGUAACUGCACAUGUGUGAUGAAAACUCAAUUUUAUUUUAAUGCAUAAUCAUUUCUUAAACUGCAAAAGUGUUUGUUUUUUUUUCCCCCUUGAACAUACUAAUUUGUAAUCCUGUCCACUUCAUAUAGUGCUUAAAGGAAGAUUGGGGAAUGCCUUGAGGGAUGUCCUAAAUGUCAGCAGUUUUAGUUUGUAAUUCAGAUUCUUAUAACUAUUGAGGCUGAUUGUUUAUUGGGUUUACAUGGUCCAUAAUAGUAAAGUAUGUGUUGGACUUCAGUUAUUUUCAGGCUUUCUAUAUCUUACCAGAAAGAUAUGCCAUGACAUGGGGCAACCUAUUGUCCAUCCCCUCUCGAGGCUGUGUGCUGCCUUUGGUCAUUUAGGAGUGAAUUAUGUGCACAACAUCUCACAAAUAAAUGGCCAUUGUCCUCUCAUAGACAUUUUUUAUUGACAGCAUAUUAAUGUGUUUCCAUUAGCUACGUUUAUUUUUUCAGCAAACAUUCAACUCUUUUUUUUUUUUUUUUUUUUUUUUGGUCAUUUUAUAAUCUCUAAUGUGUCUAUUUAUGUAAAUCCAUCCACUUAAGAACCAAAUUGUGACAACAGAUAAUAAGCACAUGGUGUCAGAGAAAAUAUGUAACCUGAAGGCCCCUGUGCCCAGGCAUCUGUAGUCCUACUUUGGCCCUCCUCUGUAAAAAUCAUUCUUUAUAUGUAAUAUUAACUUUUUCUGCCUUAACAAUGAAUUCCUGCAAUAAAAUUGGAUGAAAUUUAUAAACAA